AUGCUUGAAGACCUGCCUUUGAGGAUAGGGAAUGUAGAAAUCCCCACCGACUUCAUUGUGCUGGAAAUGGAUGAGGAACCAACAGAUCCAUUGAUACUAGGAAGGCCAUUCCUAGCUACAGCAAGAGCAAUGAUAGAUGAUUCUUCAGAAGGAUAUGUGAGCUCAGAAACUGAUGAGUACAAGAAGCUCCUUGACACCUUCAGACCAGUUCCAAACAUUCUGAGCAUUGAGGGAGUUGGACAGGCCAGUUUGCAAGGUCAUGGCAGUGAGCUCGAUCAAGGCUCGAUCGAGUCGGGUCUCGAACAAACAAACUCGAUCGAGCUGGGGACUGAAUGCAAGGAACAAGCUCAAGGAGAUUGGUCUGAGCUCAAGGCGCCUAAAGUCGACCUCAAACCUUUGCCUGAGGGCCUCAGGUAUGCAUUCCUGGGUGAAAACUCAACUUACCCUGUCAUUGUGAACUCUGAUUUGGAACCUGAACAGUUGAGUGCUUUGCUUGUUGAAUUGAGGAAGUACAGAAAAGCAAUAGGCUAUAUUCUAGAUGAUAUCAAGGGAAUCUCCCCUGACCUAUGCAUCCAUAGGAUUCAUCUAGAGGAUGAAAGUAAGUCAAGCAUUGAACCUCAUAGGAGGUUGAACCCCAAUCUAAAGGAAGUAGUGAAGAAAGAGAUACUCAAGUUGCUUGAUGCUGGGAUAAUCUAUCCCAUCAGUGAUAGCACUUGGAUAUCUCCAGUUCAUUGCGUCCCAAAGAAAGGGGGGAUCACUGUCAUAAAAAAUGACAAGAGGAGCUGA